AUGAAUGACAGAACACUAAGAAUAACUGCCGAGAUAAACGCGAGACGCUGGCGGUACAUUGACGAGCUCGCAAACAUCUCGCGUUUUUUCUAGGCGCGAUCUCGCAUUUUUAUGGUCGCGAGCUCGCACUUUUCUAGGCGCGAGCUCGCAUUUCUCUCGCAAUCUGAACAUUUCCGAAAUGCAAGAUAAAUGCGAGAUCGCGCCUAGAAAAAGGCGACAUUUUUGCGAGUUCGUCAAUGUACCGCCACCGACCUCGCGUUUGUCUCGUCAGUUAUUCCUGAUGAAGUUCUACCUGAUGCGCUUAUACGGGCUUAAUAUGGGUAGACCCGCUGGGAUCCCGUGUCAGCACGGCUGGCUACUCUCAUCAGUAUGAGAUUCCUCCUUUUUUCAACCUUACAAACAAAAACUGUGGUCCAUACAGAGAUGUUAAGAGGACAAUAAUGACUAAUUUCGAUUUCAUUCCACUAAAUGUCACAUUUUCAAAAACUUUUGAGCUCGAGUAAUAAGAAACAGCCUCAUUCACUCUUUGAUUGAAUUAUAUUGUAUAAAUCAUCAUUUUUCUCUUGUUGAAUAUCAAUUUUUAACCUUCUUUUUCUGUCAUUCGAAAAUAUUUUUCUCCAGGUGUCUUCCAAAAGGAAUUGCGAUCAUGCCACGGGAAGAAGAACAACUUCCAACCUUUUCUGAAAGUAAGCUUGUUCUAGUGCAAUCUUGGAAAUAUUUGAAGUUUUAAUCUAAAAAUGAAUUUUUAAGUUAACAGUUAACUUUAAAAAAAAAAAGAAACAGAAACUCCAGAGUGGUCCCUAUAGGGAUGGGCGCUCGAAUGUUCCAUUCUAGGAACCACUUUACCAAAAAAGUAAAUCUACUGAGAAAAUUUGUAGUGGCCACUAUAGGGUUUUGACGUUUUAGUGGCCACUAUAGUAGUAAAAAUAGCGGUCACUUAAGGGGUUGACAAUAAGUGGCCACUAUAAAGGUCUAAGUGCUACUAAUUAACCAUUAAUAAUUUUAGUGGCCGCUUUAGGGGUCAAUUGAUUAACAUAACUGUUCCGAUCUGUUUUUUUUUAAAUUAUCAGAGUUACUGGAAGGAAUACUUGAUGGAAAACGACUGAAGUGGCCACUUCAGGGGACACUACAUCUUGUAAAGCCUUUCUUGGAGUUUUUGUUAGUACUCUAAAGGAACAGGCCAACGUGUAGUAUAAAAAAAUUCUUCAAAGUUCAGCACAAAAAUCACCUUUUUUCAGUUCAAAGCCGCCUUCGGUCGGGUGAGGACUUCAAUCUGGCUCACCGACUUCAAGAAGAAGAAUUCAACAAGUUUUGACGUUCUUUCUUUUAACUUCUUCCACUGUCAUUUUCAGUUACUAUUCUCAUAAUAGAACGGUAAACGGAACAGUUGUCACGGACCGACAGAAAACCCGCGAGGAGCAACUUCGAGAGGAUGAAGCUGCACGGGCGGCUCGUCGAGCAGCCAAUGAGCCCAUGUAAGGCCUAUUUUUUUUUCUUUUUUUGAAGAACUUUAUUUUCAUGAAAGUGAAGUUAUGUAGCUCUAUUUCUAGAGUUCUAAGCGACGAAGAACUUGCCUGGCGACUCCAGCAGGACUUUUAUCGGGAGGAAAGUGAGAAACGACGUCUUCGAGAAGAACAACUCCGUCAGGAUGAACUCCUUGCUCGACGGCUUUCUGACGCCGUUCAACCGUUGAGUUUUCUUUUAUAGUUUUAUCAGAAGUGUUGGCUGUAUGUUUUGAUUAUCUUAGGUAACCUCAUAAAAAAACUGAAAAUAUUUUUUUAAUUCGCAAUGCUCUUUAAAAUACUCCAGUUGAGUUUUUGAGUGGACUUCGAGAGAAGAAAAGGAAUUUUGAACUAUGGAGCUCUAGAGUGAUCACUGGGGGGGGACCUUAGGGUCCGUGGAAGGUUCCCCUAUAGGUAGGGACCGCAAGGCCACACCCCCUCGCUGACCAAAAAACGUCGUAUAUUUCGUUGCAUUUUUGACAUUUCAUUGUUGUUUAUGCAGUUUCCCUGAACCGUUUUGGGAAAAAAUUGAGGGUAACAUACAAUCGGCUAUGCUCUACAAUUCUACAUAGAAGAAAUAGCUGUAAAUAAAAAGGAUCGAUUAAAAUGACGUUUUUUCGCGACGCCUUUGUGCGAAAAAAAGUGGAAAAACGUUGAAUACUUACAAUCCCGCUCGUAGGCAAGUUAUUUUUUUUUCUUAUUUUGUUAAGCAUGUAAAAAUACACCAUAUAAGUGAAAAUAAAAAGAUUCCUGCUUGUGCUUUCAAGUAUCGAAGCGUCGGAAAAUCGCAACUUUCGAAAUUCGGGAACUUUGGCAUUUUCCGCGAAAAAUCGUAAAAAUUUUUUUUGAACUGUUUUCGGCCGAUUAUUUUCCGAACCAUGAUUUUCCGAACCAAAAUCCGAACCAAUGCUUAGGCGAACCAAUGAUUAGACGAACCACCUCAUGCUUACCAGAACCAAAAGUUUUUAUGAUUCGCCGAACCAAAUGUCGGUAUUUUAUGUAGAUGUUCAUGGUAAUCGGUUUUCGUUUCUCGCAUCCUAAGAGACCGAGAAUAAGUCUAGCGCUCCAUCCUUUUCCGAAUCGUUAUAUAACUUUUUCAAAAGUUAUAUAACGUUUCAAAAGUUCUAACUAGAGAAAAAAAAAAACUGAGAUUGAACUAUAAAUUAUGAGCUUUUAGAACAGUUUUGAAAAAUGAACUGUAAGUUCUGUUCUUAGAAAAGGUUUGAGCAGGCCUAAAGAUCAGCUCUUCUUUUAAAACUCUUCACUAGAAGUGAUAUCUUUCAUUUCAAAAAUUUCACCUAAAGCACGAGCUUCGCGCGUGAAACGAGGAACCGUCAGACAAUUCUAUCCUAUUCUUCGACUACAAAUUUGGACUUCCAGUUUGAUGAAGUUUGAGAAGCUCUUGCAUCCAGCUCAGUCGAUAAUAUAUGUGACUAAACAACGAAAUAAAUGACUGACUGAAAAAUAGGUAAAAAAAAUAUAAACACUAAUGCCAAGAUUAGGACACUUGGCAGUAUCUGUGGCGACUUCAUUUCUUUUCUCAGACGACCCUAAAAGAAGUCAUAGACCAGAUACUUCCAAUUUCAAACUUGGGUUGGAAUCAAACAAAUUUUUGAAAGAAUCUGAUCUGAACAGAGGUAUCUAAAUAGUCAAGGGUAAAAGCUGAAAGCCGGUUAUGGGCGAAAAAAAUUACAUAGAACCGAUCAAAAAAAUGAGCAGAUCUAAAGAAAGGUGCUUUCUGAAAAAAAUGAAUCGAAGUACGGCUCGAAAAAGCAUAAAAAAAGGUUAGGUCGGAAAGUUAUAUAACGAUUCGGAAAAAGGAUGGAGCGCUAGACUUAUUCUCGGUCUCUUAGGAUGCGAGAAACGAAAACCGAUUACCAUGAACACCUACAUAAAAUACCGACAUUUGGUUCGGCGAAUCAUAAAAACUUUUGGUUCUGGUAAGCAUGAGGUGGUUCGUCUAAGCAUUGGUUCGGAUUUUGGUUCGGAAAAUCAUGGUUCGGAAAAUAAUCGGCCCUGUUUUCUAUAAAUUUUAGAACAUUUUAAAAAUAAAAAAUAAAACUUUCAUUCCAACCUUAAUUUUAAAAAUAAGUUUUGAUUUUUGAUUUUUUGGAAACACUUGGGAAAGUGUUUUUAGCAGUCGUAGGCAAAUUAUUUUUUUCUUAUUUUUGAUUUGAAUUACUUUUUUUCUUCAACAUAGUCAAAAAUGAAAAAAAUCCUGCUUGUGCUUUCAAAAUUUGAUUCAUUCGAACAAUAAAAAUAGCAUCCUGCAUUUGCGCGUUGGCGAAAUUGUGCAUUCACCGACCCACGAAAAUUCCGAAUUCGCGAUGUUUUUCAAAGCAAAAAAAUAGCGUAAAAACUUUUUUUGAAAUGAGUCAAAACGUUCAGUAAUGUAAUUCGGAAAAACAAAAUAGAACUUCACAUGCUUUUUCCAGAACAAAAAAAAUUAUUUUUAGUCUCGCCAAACUCCCACUAUCCGGAUUCCACUGGAAAAACACGUUCAAAGUCGGGAAAUUGACCUGAAUAAGACAUAAAAAGUGGAUUUUAAUGAGUUGAGCGCAUUUAAAAAGUGCUGUAUUGCUACAAGAAUGAUUAUAAAAAGUCAUUAAUAAUUAAUUUAUUCGUGUUUCUAUGGAUUCACAACCUUUUAUUGGUUCCGAAUUCUGUAUCGAAUCUUGUUUCAGGGAGAUUUUUGCGUUUAUCCAUGCUUCCUAAUGAUAUUUUUAACAGUUUUUGAACAUCAAAAGCAUUGAAAACUCCGUAAAUAUUAAUUUUGCUUUUUUUGCCGUUGAAAAUCGUUCAACUUAUUUUUUUCAGUGUUUAUUUUUUUGCUGGUCCUCAUCUUUGGACAUUGUUCUAUCAUUUCCAAUAAUGAAAAAAACUAGCAUUAGUGUGUUUUUAGUGCGAAAAAAAAUUAACAAGAAACUUUUUUUCUCUAAUUUUUUUACUGGUCUUUGAGAGCGCGCCGCACCCUUGCAACGCCCACUUUUUUCGCGACCUCGACCAAAUUUUCUACAGAGAAUUGAAAUCGCGAAACGCGCGCUUUAAUGGCUGUAACUUCGUUCAGAGACAAUAUUUUUCCAAGAUCUCUUUUUUUAAAAGUUGCCAGGACUAUGAAGUACACGGUCAUAUGAAAAUCAUUUAAAUCUGAUGGUUUCUAGAAAACUGCAUGCGGUCCCUACCUAUAGGGGCCACUUUACCUACCUUUGUAGGCGGCACUUUUUGUCCCCUAUGGGGCUGUUUAACCCCUAUAGGGACCGCUCUGGCGAUCCAAAAAACUCAUACUUUGCUUUUUUUAAACUUUGUUACUCAUCUACAAAAAUACUUGAAUUUCGAUGUUUUGAAAUGGUACCGGAAAAUGAACCAGAGGAAAAAUGAUUGCAAGUAUGCAUACCGAGAAAAUCGGUUCGUGUACGUUUCUGCUCACUUUUUAAAGUUUGUGCAUAGCUUUCUGUGGGUUCAUUGUUCACCAAAGUUGUCUUUUCAAAAAUGAAAAACAUUCAGAAAUCAACCGAUUCCGAUGACGAGCUCGAACUCAACAGCACCUGGUCCAGCUCCAUUGAACUCCUCGGGAGAUCUGAUCGACUUCAGCGACGACAGAGUUUGUUUCUUUUUUUUUGAAAAGUUGUUCAUUAAUCAAUCAUAUUUGAGUCUGUCUAAAAUGGUUUGUGCUGAAGUAUUGUUCAAGGAGACUAAAGAAAGAGAUAAAUUCUAUGAACGAAACAGAGACUUCGUUUGAAAAAAGAUGUUUGAAUCAGAUCAAAACCUUUCGAAGAAGAUGCUCUAUUUUUCUUUUUUAUAAAAAAUGAAGAAAAUAAUGCGUCAAUUUUUGAAUUAGCGCCGAAAAAACACCGCGACUAUAGUCUAGUCAGAUUUUCAAUGCCAAGACACAGCUCAAGCUCCGCCCCUAAAGCGCAAUAAUCCAGUCAGAGAGCGAGCCAUCCACAGAGCGUUUUCGAAUGACGUCAUUGGGCUUGACGUUCGAAAUAUGAACAGAAGAAAUUGGUUCGGCUUUUUUCCAACCCUGAAAAUCAUUAGGAAUGGAAUCAAAAAGUUUUUACAGAAGUAUAUGUAAAUAACUGGAUGAUUAAUAAUUAAUGAUAACUAAUAAAUAAUAAAUAAUAAUUAACGAGUUGCAUGGGGUGUUUUGAGGUGUCCACAGUCCCCAUCACCACGUUUCCGCCUGAUUUCCCAGCUCCGACCGGUUAAUUUCUGCAUGUUUUCUCAAUUAUUUUUCUAUUUUAUUGCAGUGAACACCUCAGACUAUCAAAAUAUGACUCAGCCUAUGGCGCCCAUGGGCUUUUCGGCCUCGAAUCCGUUCAUCGGAGAUGUUCAACUUCUGGCAGGACCUCCAAUGCAGCCGCCUCCGAUUGGAUUUGUGUUGGUUUUAGUGUUUGGUGGAAGAAUUUGUAGAUAGUCUAUUCAGUUCUAACUCAUGAAUUCUUACAAGUACUGAAAAAGAAAUAUAGUGGCCACUUAAGAGGUUUCUCAAGAACUGAAUGGAGAGGACACUGAAGUGGCCACUAAUACUACCUUUAUAAAAGCCAAUACUUUGCGUUUUAGUGGUCACUAUAGUUGUUUUGAGCGUUCCAGUAGUACCCUUUCGACUUCUAAAGAGGCAGCUAAAAUUUGAUCACUCAAAACUGAAAAUUUUUAGUGGCCACUAUAGGGUUUUGACGUUUUAGUGUCCACUAUAGUAGUCAAAUUAGUGGCCACUAUAGAGGUCUAAGUGCUACUACUAGACCACUAAAAGUUGUAGUGGCCACUUUAGGGGUCAAUGGAUCAACAUAACUGGUGGCCACUAAAAGUUUUCCCCGUAAUUUAGAUUUAAUAAAUCAAUUCACAGUUUUAACUCAAGAAUAUUUGACGGGAUUGCCAUUUUUAUUGAUCAUUUUAUGCGUCUAUAAAAAAAAUCCUAUCACCCAAAAAUUGAGGCGCAGAGAAGCUAGAAUGGCGGAGGAUGAAAUAAUUCCGCAUGUGGAAUGGACUUGCAGCAUGCUUUUUGGAAUGGUUAUUAAAAUUUACCCUUUUUUUCUUAUUUUUCUCUAUCGCUAAAAAAAUGGUAAAAUUUUUUUAAAAUUGUAUUUUUUUCAAUCAAUUCUUGACUUAAAAAAACUCAUUUAUUUUUCUAGAUUACCUUGGGAUCCUCAAAACCAAAAAAAUAAUUUCCAGGUCUGAAUUCGGACUCCCGCCACCUUCAAACAUUGCGAUGGGCCGUCAUCAUUUGUAA